AUGGCCAUCAUUUUCUCAGUCCGCUUGUCCAACGAUGGCUCACCUGAAGGAUUGAAACGCAUGAUCCGACUGCCUCCACCUGUCGGUACAAAACCCUACAUUUUGCGUUUUGUCGUUACUGCUGGAUCUGUUGCUGCUCGAGAUGGUGUGCUAUGUACCAAUUAUCCAUCUGACGGAGCUUCGUUUUCAAGAAACAAGUUCUACUCUAUUCCAUUCCAACAUGACAACUUGACAGACGCUGUAGCUCAAAUCACUGUACACAGCUCGGGCGUCUUCCAAUACCAUGUCAACUAUACCAACUCUGAUGGCCAACACGCAGUCUCUGAAACACCUGGAUCCUUCAUCGUCGAACCACGUCUAUACGUCCCCUUCCCAGUCGAAAAGAGAAAAGUCGAUCCAUACGUUGUAAAACGUGUAUUACUCCCUCUCGAUGGAAUCGUUAUAGUAACCGUGAUACCCAAAUGGAUGCCCACAGUCUCGCGAUGGCCAGAGUACUAUGCAUCGUUUGCUGACGCCGGAUACAAUAUGGUGCAUUUCGCUCCUGUGAGUACACGUGGAUCAAGUAAUUCGCCAUACUCUAUAUUUGAUCAGUUGUCGCUUGCAAAUGACAUGUUUGAGGGUGGUGAUAUUAUGGAUGAGUCUGAAAAGGAGAAUGUAUUGUCUGAGAUGUUUGAUAGAGGGAGAGAAGAGUAUGGGAUAUUGAGUGUUACUGAUGUGGUCUGGAAUCAUACUGCUAGUAAUAGUGUGUGGCUGCAUCAGCACCCAGAAGCAGGAUACAAUCUUAUCAACUCGCCCCACUUACGACCAGCAUAUGAAGUCGAUGAUGCCAUAAUGGCAUUGUCUGAAGAUCUCAAGAUCGUCUAUGACAUUGACCCUGCACCAAAGACACCAGGUGAUUUGACCAGAAUCAUGGAAACAUUCAGAGAUGUCGUCUUGCAAAGCCUCAAACUAUGGGAAUACUAUAUCGUUGAUGUCAAAGCUGCCAUGGCAGACUUUAAGGUUGAAUGGCGCAAAACUACUGCUACAGUAGCCAACUUUAACGACCUCGAUUUGGCAAAGCUUGAUAUUAAAGGUCGUGCAGAGAUCAUCAGGACUGAGUGUAUUGAGUACGAUCCUACUUGGAACCGCUUCCGUCGUAAAAUCAAGAUCCCAUAUGCUGUUGCGUUCUUGAAGAGGCUUGUUAAUCAAGGUGCAGUCUUGAACUCUGAAGAAGCAGUGUUUAGUGCAUGGAAGGCACUCUUGGAUGAAACCAAUUUGAUUUGGUAUGAGGAACACGAUGAUGAUAUUAAAUCGAUUCUGGAACAAACCCAUAAUCGUGCUAAAUUCUUGCGUUUGGAUCCCAACGGUCCUAAACUUGGUCCUAUAUCGAAAUCAAAUCCUAUUGUAGACAGCUACUUUACUCGCCUUCCAGAUAAUGAAGAGACAAGACACUUCCAUCCCGAUGCUCUCAAAUUGGCAAACAAUGGUUGGAUUUGGAAUGCCGAUCCACUGAAAAACUUUGCUGGACCGCAAUCCAAGUCUUAUAUUCGUCGAGAAGUUAUUGCAUGGGGCGAUUGUGUCAAGUUGAAUUAUGGCAAGGGACCUAAUGAAAAUCCAUACUUGUGGAAGCACAUGACAAUAUAUACGAAGAAAAUGGCAUCGCUAUUUGCCGGAUUCCGUAUCGACAAUUGUCACAGUACGCCAAUCCACGUUGCUGAAUAUUUACUAGAUAUCGGUCGACAAGUGCGCCCUGAUCUAUACGUAUUUGCUGAGCUCUUUACUGGGUCAGAAGACAAGGAUCGUAUCUUCGUCUCGCGACUGGGAAUCAAUAGUCUGAUUCGAGAAGCGAUGAAUGCAUGGGAUGCCCAAGAGCUCUCUAGGCUUGUUCAUCGUUAUGGUGGAGAACCUGUUGGUUCACUUACAUUCCCACCUGAACAUUUUCCCUUACAAAUGCUGGGCCACGAGAUGGAUUCGUCUGUAUUCUCAGCCUCUGACGAUGCUGAAGAUCUCAUUAUCCACGUACGAGGAUCUCCACCACAUGCUCUCUUUAUGGAUUGCACACAUGACAAUGAAACACCACAUCAAAAACGUACUGCUGAAGACUCACUGCCCAAUGCUGCUGUUGUUGCCAUGUCGGCUUGUGCUGUUGGAUCUACGAAAGGAUAUGAUGAGAUUGUACCUGAAUUAUUGAAUGUUGUGACUGAGACUCGCAAGUAUCGAGUUCCGGAGAGUUUUGAAGGGAUUAUUCCAGCCAAGGCUAUAUUGAGUGCGUUGCAUUACAAGAUGGCCAAGGACGGGUUUACGGAAAUCUAUGUUCAUCAGCAAGGCGAUUUCAUUUCCAUUCAUCGAGUGCAUCCUGUUACUCAUGAUGGGUAUUUGAUGAUUGCACGCCAUGCAUUCAGCAAGAAACCCAAUCCUGAAAUCCAUGCACCCAUAACUUUACGAAACCAAGCCAUUAUGCUGAUGCAAGCAGCAACGUUGCGUAUUCAGGUCAAAUCAGUCAACGGACACAAGUUACCCCACACAGAUGCCGAGAAGAAGCACCACGAGCGGACAUUCUCAGAAGGUGCUAUGGAUGGCUUCAUGUCUCCCACAUCACCUAUAGCAUACUACCAUCAUAUGGGUGAUUUCCCAGCUGAUGGACAGCAGGGUCCUAUACAACCCAAAACACCACCUCGUGACAAUUCUGCGGCUGCUUCUAAAGAUCGUCCUACGUCUCGACUCAGACUCUUGACUCGACGACGCUCUACAGUACUAGGAGUGAUUACAGGUCUACCAUGCUCGUUAGACUGCUCCGUAUCCGAAACCAAUAUGACCAAAGUCAGAACUGAAACUGGUCCAACGUCGAAUGACAUCCACUCGAUUAUUGAAAUCGAUGGACAGCAUUUCGAUCCUGGAUCUAUAGUCUUGUAUCGAACGUGGGCUGUUGGAUCCAAUAUUGAUCCAGAUGUUGACGAUUUCGAUGAUGCAGAUCUCGAGAUUGUAAAAGAACAGGAUCAGAUGGGUGUUUUGGCGCAACUAUGGGAGUUGCUGGGUUUCCAGAAACGUAGUACUGCUGUUGAGUAUGCUGUGAAACUUGGUCGUGAAGGGCUUGGAACACUGGAUUCGUGGUUUUCGUAUGAUGUGACGCAUGGAUGGCCACCUGGUCUAUGGGAAUCAGUCAUGGAUUUGGAUAUGGAGGCUUUGAAUGUGGCGCUUUAUCGUAUUGCUGAAGAAGAGUCUGAUAUGACUGGUGAUGGUGCCUAUGAAAUACCUGGAUUUGGAAAACUUUCAUAUUGUGGCUUGCAAGGAUUUGUCUCUGUAUUGGCUGGCGCUGCUAGUAAUAAUGAAUUGGGUCAUCCUUUAUUCAAUAAUCUACGAGCUGGACCCUGGAUGAUGGAUUAUAUUCUCAACCGUCUCAUCAAGUAUGCUCCUCUCUACACGUCGCUCUCAAAGUUCGUGGAUUGGUUGGACGAACGCCUAUCACUUGUAAAACAGCUUGGACCAUCCUUUGUGCCCAAAUAUUUCACCAUUAUCGUAUGCUCUGCAUACCAAGGACUCUGCCAUCGAGUAGCUAGUAUCCAUGCUGAGCAAGCAAUAACACCUCGUGGUCUUACUAGUCAUGCGCACACCGCGUCCAGUACCGAGGGCUUUUUGAAAGCAUUGGCUCUUACCACCGUCCAAAUGUUUGGACGUGUCUCGUCGACAGGACUCUUCCCAAGAGUAUACCCACUAGAUCCACCAAUUCGACUACGUAGUAUCCAUGACCCCAAAGUCGCUGAAGCGCUCACACGUGAAGCCAGCUUGGCCGCAGGUCUACCCCAUUUCGCAACAAACCACAUGCGAGCAUGGGGACGAGAUACAUUUAUAGCAUUACGAGGACUACUCUUGUGUCCAGGCCAUCACCCACAAGCACGUCGCCUACUGAUUGCAUUUGGAUCUGUAUUGCGACAUGGUCUCGUACCCAACUUGUUGGAUCAAGGUAUCCGCCCACGAUAUAAUGCGAGAGAUGCUAGUUGGUGGUGGGUAUGGGGUGUCCAAGAAUAUUGUCGUGCAAGCACGGAAGGGUUGAAAUUCUUGGGUACUGAAGUUGCGAGACGAUUCCCACCUACGCAACGAUAUAGGAAGGAGUCGUUUGGACUUGUUGGUGAUAAUAUGCCUGGUGAUGAUGGUGAUUCGUAUGUAGAGGCGAAUGAUGAGCGAUGUUAUCAGCAUCGUUCUACUGUUGCGCAGAUCUUGCAAGAGAUUCUGGAACGACAUGCACGAGGGAUUCAGUUUAGGGAAUGGAAUGCUGGUGUGAAUCUUGAUGAACAUAUGGCUGAUGAGGGCUUCAACAUCAGUAUCAAGACUGACUUGCAAACUGGUUUCAUUCACGGUGGCUCCAAAUUCAAUUGUGGAACAUGGAUGGACAAGAAUGGAUCGUCUUCCAAAGCUGGAACCAAGGGUGUUCCUGCUACACCUCGUGACGGAGCUGCUGUUGAAAUCAUUGGGUUGCUCAAGGCUGCUCUGCGAUGGAUUAGUACUGAUGUUGUGCAGAAAGGAUAUCAGUUCUGGCCUUGGAAGGGUGUUAUGGUUCCGUCAGAAGGUGGCAAACCAGACACGCUUCUCACGUAUGCUGAAUGGGACAAGCUCGUUCAGCAAAACUUUGAUCGAUGUUUCUUUAUUCCGAAAGAUCCAGCUGAGGACAGCAAUUACAACAUACCCUCUCCAAGUCUCAUCAAUCGACGUGGUAUAUACAAAGAUACUGUUGGUGGUUCUGCCGAGUAUACAGAUUAUCAAUUACGACCCAACUUUUGUGUUGCUAUGGUUGUGGCACCAGAACUGUUUGAUUUGAGUCAUGCACGAGUUGCUUUGAAGAUGGUUCGAGAUGUGCUUGCCGGACCUAUUGGUAUCAAGACACUUGAUCCUUCUGACUGGGCAUAUCGACCUGUAUAUGACAAUACCAAUGAUUCGGCAGAUCCAACUAUUGCUCAUGGUUUCAAUUAUCAUAACGGACCUGAAUGGGUAUGGAUUUACGGCUACUAUCUACGAGCCUAUCUGCACUUUGAGUUGAAGGCAGCUGGCAGUAAUUCUGAACAGUCCAAUCGAGUGAUUUCAUACAUUCAAGCCUGCAUCCUCAAACACAAAGCGUUGAUUGCAGACACGUCAAUCAACCCAUAUGCAGGUCUUCCAGAGUUGACGGACGCUGAGGGUGCAGAAUGUAAAGAUUCGUGUCCCACUCAGGCAUGGUCGUCAGCUACGUUGUUGGAAUUGUGUACUGAUUUGAUUGCUGCAGUGACAAAAAAAUAA